CUUUUAUAAAAAAAACUUUGGUAAACAUUCCCAAGAGAAAAGACCCACCGAAUUGACAGAAACCCACGUACUUGUUCUCUUUAUUUAUGAAAAGCCAUUGUCAAACUAAUGGGGCAUUUGUCAUGCUCUGAAGAGCCUUCUGUUGUUCUUGUUCUUUUUCUUUUUCAUCCUGUUUUUCACCAUUUUUUCCUUUUUCUUUAUCACUCAUUUUAACCCACAAAAUCUAUACUAAAUAGCUUCAGAAUCCGACAAUUUUAUCGACCAAUAUGGCAUCAUCUACCCUUAUUUGUGAUUCUGAAGCUUGGCAAAACUUGAAGACACAUGUUGAGGAAAUUAAGAAGACCCAUCUUCGUGAUUUGAUGAAUGAUGCUGAAAGAUGCAAGGCCAUGAUGGUUGAUUUUGAUGGUUUGCUGUUGGAUUAUUCUCGACAAAAUGCAACUCUUGAUACCAUGAAUAAGUUGUUUCAGCUGGCAGAGGUUGCCCAUCUUAAAGAGAAGAUUAAUCGUAUGUUCAAUGGAGAGCGUAUCAAUAGCACGGAAAAUAGGUCCGUUCUCCAUGUCGCACUUCGUGCAUCACGAGAUGCAGUAAUAAACAGUGAUGGGAAAAAUGUGGUCCCUGAUGUGUGGCAAGUUCUGGACAAAAUUCGGGAUUUCUCUGAGAAAAUUCGAAGUGGUUCUUGGGUUGGAGUCACAGGGAAAGCGUUGACAGAUGUUGUUGCAAUUGGUAUUGGAGGGAGCUUUUUAGGACCUCUCUUUGUGCACACGGCUCUUCAAACAGAACCUGAAGCUGCUAAAUCUGCUCAAGGACGUCAGCUGCGCUUUUUGGCAAAUGUUGAUCCAAUUGAUGUUGCAAAAAAUAUUACCGGACUGAAUCCUGAGACUACUCUAGUUGUUGUUGUAUCAAAGACUUUCACGACUGCAGAAACCAUGUUGAAUGCUCGGACUCUAAGAGAAUGGAUUUCCUCUGCUCUUGGCCCUGAAGCUGUUGCGAAACACAUGGUGGCUGUUAGCACAAAUCUCACGCUUGUUGAAAAAUUUGGCAUCGAUCCAAAUAAUGCUUUUGCAUUCUGGGACUGGGUUGGUGGCAGAUAUAGUGUUUGUAGUGCAGUGGGGGUUUUACCUUUAUCGCUCCAGUAUGGGUUUCCAAUAGUUGAGAAGUUUCUGAAGGGAGCUUCGAGCAUUGAUCAACAUUUGUACUCUGCACCUUUUGAGAAAAAUUUGCCGGUGCUUUUAGGUUUGCUGAGCAUUUGGAAUGUUUCAUUCCUUGGACAUCCCGCAAGAGCCAUAUUACCUUAUUGCCAAGCAUUAGAAAAGUUUGCUCCUCAUAUUCAACAGGUUAGUAUGGAAAGUAAUGGAAAGGGUGUCUCAAUAGAUGGGAAAGUGCUUCCUUUUGAGGCCGGUGAAAUUGACUUUGGUGAACCUGGAACGAAUGGCCAACACAGUUUUUAUCAGCUAAUUCAUCAGGGACGUGUUAUCCCCUGUGAUUUCAUCGGAAUUGCUAAAAGUCAGCAACCUGUAUAUCUCAAAGGAGAAGUAGUGAGUAAUCACGAUGAACUCAUGUCUAACUUCUUUGCACAGCCAGAUGCCCUAGCUUAUGGAAAGACUCAAGAAGAGUUACAGAGGGAGAAUGUCUCUCCACAUCUUAUCCCACACAAGACCUUCACUGGAAAUCGUCCUUCUCUGAGCCUUCUGCUUCCAUCUCUGACUGCAUACAAUGUUGGACAGUUGUUGUCCAUCUAUGAACAUAGAAUUGCUGUUGAAGGAUUUGUAUGGGGUAUCAAUUCUUUCGAUCAGUGGGGAGUUGAGCUGGGAAAGUCACUGGCAACUCAAGUUAGGAAACAGCUCCAUGCAUCUCGCAAUAAUGGAGAAGCAGUCAAAGGGUUUAAUUUUAGUACUACAACAGUGCUGACAAAAUAUUUACAGGGAAGUUUCGAUGUCCCUGCUGAGCUCCCAACAAAAUUACCACAGGUGUAGUACGUCUUUUGCUUCAAAUAUGCAAGUUGACGUUCUUUAUGUUGUUAGACUAUCCGCAAGGCUUAUGAAUAUCUCCAAUGGGAACUCGAUAAAGUUGGGAUUGGGUGUUUGACAUUCAUCACAUGUGAUGUGAGUUGCUGACUUGCUGUACUGUUGCUUUAUUAUGUGCGUUUCGAGAGAAAAGAUCACCAGGAGCUGGUGCCUUUUGUUCUGUAGUACCAUGGAAUGAUUGUAUUACCAGCUACUCUUGAGUAAUACUUUGCAUUUGACAUAAUGUAACUGAUACUUUGUCGAUUUUGUCGAUAAAUCUGAUCGUUUCUUGAAGUAAAGUAGUGAUGAUGCUUGUUGAA